UUCUCUUCUUCCCUUUCCUUUUUUUUUUUUUUUUUUUUUUCAAUUUUCCUCUGUGUUUCUUUUGAUUAUCUGAGAAAAAUACGAAUCGAACGAACCAAAGAUUCAUAGGAUCUUCUUCUUAACAAAAAGAAAAAUAUGAAGGAAGGCAAAGAUGGGUUUGUUCGAGCAGAUCAGAUUGAUCUGAAAAGCUUAGACGAGCAACUAGAGAGACACUUGAGCAGAGCUUUGACUUUAGAGAAGAACAAGAAGAGAGAUGAAGACGAAGCAACCGCCGUAGCCAUCGGUGGCUCUGCUUCUUCUUCCCCUGUCGCUGCUCUUAACGGCGGCGGAUUUGUUGGUAAGAGGAAACAGAGACUUGAGUGGGAGAUCGAUCCUUCUAAGCUUAUCAUCAAGACUGUUCUUGCACGUGGCACAUUCGGCACCGUUCAUCGUGGUAUCUACGAUGGUCAGGAUGUUGCCGUGAAGCUGCUUGAUUGGGGUGAAGAAGGUCACAGGUCAGAAGCUGAGAUUGUGUCUUUGAGAGCUGAUUUUGCUCAGGAGGUUGCUGUUUGGCAUAAAUUGGAUCAUCCUAAUGUUACUAAGUUUAUAGGAGCUACAAUGGGUGCAUCAGGCUUACAGUUGCAAACAGAGAGUGGUCCAUUAGCAAUGCCAAACAAUAUUUGCUGUGUUGUCGUUGAAUAUCUUCCGGGUGGUGCUUUAAAAUCUUACCUGAUCAAGAACAGAAGAAGAAAGUUAACAUUUAAAGUCGUCGUUCAGCUCGCUCUUGAUCUCGCUAGAGGGUUGAGUUACCUUCAUUCGCAGAAGAUUGUUCACCGAGAUGUAAAGACUGAGAACAUGUUGUUAGACAAAACUCGGACUGUCAAAAUCGCGGAUUUUGGAGUUGCGAGAGUUGAAGCGUCUAACCCUAAUGACAUGACAGGAGAGACUGGCACACUUGGCUAUAUGGCCCCUGAGGUUCUCAAUGGAAACCCGUAUAAUCGUAAAUGCGAUGUAUACAGUUUCGGGAUCUGCUUAUGGGAGAUAUAUUGCUGUGACAUGCCAUACCCUGACCUUACUUUCUCUGAGGUUACUUCAGCUGUCGUCCGUCAGAACCUGAGACCCGAUAUACCGAGGUGUUGUCCGAGUGCACUUGCAGCUGUGAUGAAGCGAUGUUGGGAUGCAAAUCCAGACAAGAGACCAGAGAUGGACGAGGUUGUACCAAUGUUGGAGAGUAUUGACACAACCAAGGGAGGAGGGAUGAUCCCUAACGACCAACAGCAGGGUUGCCUAUGCUUCCGAAGGAAACGUGGUCCUUAGACCAAUCUAAGAUCAUUCAAAACUCAAGAUUUGUGUCUCUGCUUUUUUUCUUUUCUUUUCUUUUCUUUUCUAAAUCCAGAAGAAAAAAAAGAAAAAUGGAAAGGCUUGUUAGGGCUUUAAUGGUUGCUAAAAUUUACAUAAAGUAUGAUUUGGUUUCCAUAUUCUUCAACAUUUCUUGUUUUGCUCUAUUUGUGAGAGUUUCUUAUUAAUUAUUUAAUGGUCAAGUAUAUCAUC